GGCGAGAGGGAGGGAAACUCCGGAGUGGAGACAAAGCAGCGGGAGCGGGAACAUCCGGGUCACUCGCGCGGCCUCGAUCCGGGACACGCGCGGCGGCGGCGGCUCUCGAGGGACUCUGAAUAUGUCUGGCAUAGCUCUUAGCAGACUUGCACAGGAGAGAAAAGCCUGGAGAAAAGAUCAUCCAUUUGGAUUUGUAGCAGUACCUACAAAAAAUCCAGAUGGCACGAUGAAUCUAAUGAACUGGGAGUGUGCUAUUCCAGGAAAGAAAGGGACACCAUGGGAAGGAGGCUUAUUUAAACUACGGAUGCUUUUCAAGGAUGACUACCCUUCUUCACCCCCAAAAUGUAAAUUUGAACCACCGUUAUUCCACCCAAACGUGUAUCCUUCAGGCACCGUGUGUCUCUCCAUCUUAGAGGAGGAUAAGGACUGGCGGCCAGCAAUCACAAUUAAACAGAUCUUGUUAGGCAUACAAGAACUUCUAAAUGAACCAAAUAUUCAAGACCCAGCUCAAGCAGAGGCUUACACAAUUUACUGCCAAAACAGAGUGGAAUAUGAAAAGAGGGUUCGAGCACAAGCCAAGAAGUUUGCACCAUCAUAAGCAUUUGUCACGCAGCAUCUUAAAAAGGAAGGGAUUGGUUUGGCAAGAACUUGUUUACAAAACUUUUGCAAAAUGUAAUGUUGCUAUGUACAAUUAAUAUCCACAUAAGGGGAGGGGGUUGUAUGUGUGCCAUUUUCCAUAUUCGCCAGUUGUAUACAGUUCUAAAUUUGCUGAAUUGCCCCCAGUUUUUUCAUACAGGGUCUCUUCCUUCAGUCUUUUGUAUUUUUGAUUGUUAUGUAAAACUUGCUUUUAUUUUAAUAUUGAUGUCAGUAUUUCAACUGCUGUAAAAUUAUAAACUUUUAUACUUCUAUAAAUUCACUAGUAUCUCUAGUUACUUUGCUAUCUGAUGCAGGCAUGCUUUAAAAUGUUAGAACUAUAUUUAGCCUCUAGCUGGCUGUAUGAAAAAAAAUCAUGCCCUCCACCCCCUUCCCUCCCUGAAUUUGUUUUUUCUAUCUUUCAGAAACUAGGUUGUUAUUGCUUAAGAGCCUCUGAGAUCCAAAGUUAGCCAGCAUCCUUAUUCUGCAUCACUUUCUUUGUGUUUAUAUGGCAUUCUGUCUGUGUUGCUGUUUAGAGUAAAUAAACUGUUUAUAUAAA